AUGAAAAGAUCCACAAUCUUCUUCAUUAAUCUUCUGCUGUUACAAGGGAUACGAUGUGCAGGCUCUCACUCUAUAUGGAUCCUGGCCACGCUUACCAUCGGACACACUCCGUUCCCAGAAUUCAUUGCAGUGGUGAUGCUGGACGACAUCCAACUGUUCUACUAUGACUCAGAUGUCCGAAAACUGAUAUACAAACACCACAGGUCAGAACAUGAGCAGGCUGAACAAGAAGACGCCAAACUCAUAUUUGGAGACCAGUACAGAAGCAUGAAAGACAGAGCGUCGUUCUCAAAGCAUCUGCUCAACCACACACAAGGGGUGCAUGUUCAGCAGAGAAUGGUGGGCUGUGAGCUACUUGACCAUCACACCCCUGGCCCAUUAAGAUCCUGGGACGCUUUUAACACUGUAAAUCAUGAGGAGCUGCACUUCAGCAUGGAGCAUAGCAGUCUCCAUUCCAAAGGCCUAUGGCCUACCAUGUGGAGCCACAUUGAGAGAGACACUGUGGAAUGGUUGUUUGCAAAUGUGUAUACUCCUGCCUGCAUUCGAUUCCUCAAGAAAUACCUCAACAUCAUGAAGAAUGACGUGAUGAAAAAAGUGAAGCCCAGAGUUAGACUCCUCCAGAAGAGACUCCCAGACACUGGAGGGGUCAGAGUGACCUGCCUGGCCACUGGCUUCUACCCCCGUCACAUCAACCUGACCCUGCUCAGAGACGGCCAGCCUGUGCCUGACCACCAGAUCACUGGGGGGGAGCUGUUACCUAACGGAGAUGAGACGUACCAGAUGAGGAAGAGCCUGGAGGUCAGCAGAGAGGAGCUACAGCAGCAUCACUACACAUGUACAGCUCAACACCUCAGUCUGGACAACAAACUGGACAUACACCUGGAUAUUGAUCCAGGUGGACAACAUGUGCCAACAGUGCCCCUUGUGCUUUCACUUGGAGUUGCACUCCUUUUGCUAUGUGUGACUGGAGCAAUAAUAGCAUACAGGAAGUGCAGCACGAGGCACACAGGAAUAGGCCAGCAACAAACACAGCAGGUGCAAUUGCUCACACUACCAACAUAAAAUUGUGGCAAAGGAGUUUGUACAUGGGUGUCAUGUGUGCGGGGGACUGAGUAAAAAAAAACUGGGUACACUGAAUCACUGUGCAUCCGUUGGUGUUUGUGCGUUUGUGUGUCUGUGCGUGUGUGCAUUCACUUGCAGUGAUGUAUUCACAAAGACCUUGGUUUGCAUGUUGGGGCAGUCUAUGUGGUGAAUAGAAAAUGCAGACAGGGUAAAACAAAAAAAGUUUUCCAGCAGUGGUAGGUACACAACAUAACACUAAAAAGUCUGUAACAACUCAGAAAGUCUAUUGAGAUCUGUUACCGUAAAUUUACGUACAAACCACACGUUCAGUCUGAAAAUCAAUGUAACACUACAACCAAAAUACAUUUGUAUUCAGCUUUAUUAUGGUCUCUAGAUACGACCUAGGGUCAGACUGGGGCCUGGUCCCAUGCAAGCACCUAGUCUUCAGGUGGGGUGUCUGGUGCUGUUUUUUGUGCAAGUGUCGCUGAAACAUACAGAAAAGUUUUUAAACCGAUAUGUAU